AUGUGGUCAACCUCGCCUUUAGCCGCCGCUGCUCGUGGAUACCUCAACGGGACCUUUAGAAACCUGGACAUGUGGGAGACGACAGCAGCCCGAAGUUCUGCAUUGAUCAGAAAUUCUCAUCAACAGCUGUUAAAGGCUAAGACUGGCAUUAACUUUAACACCUUCAGUAAUUCUUCCGAGACCGCUUUGUUGAACUACACGUUUAAAAAUGAGCUACCGCUGUAUUCAAAUUCUAACAAUGAGACGUCUGUGCCUGUUGAUAUCUCUACAUCGCCUUAUACUCUGUGGCUAACUAUUGUUAUUGCUGUUUCUAUCGGACUUUGUAUCAUUCUGACUUUAGGUGGAAAUAUACUAGUGCUUCUGGCGUUUGUUGUUGAGCGAACUAUUCGCCAGCCUAGCAAUUAUUUCAUCGUUUCCUUGGCUGUUUCAGAUCUUCUCAUUGGUGUAGUAUCCAUGCCCUUUUAUGCUGUGUACGUUCUUGUUGGACGCUGGGACCUAGGACCCAUCCCUUGUGAUUUGUGGCUAGCGACUGACCACACUGUAUGUCUGGUGUCCAUCUACACCGUCCUUUUAAUCACCAUUGAUCGCUAUUGCUCUGUAAAGAUCGCAGCGAAGUAUCGCGGCUGGCGAACUAGGGAAAAAGUUAUAUGGAUGGUAGCUAUAACCUGGAUUAUUCCCUUUCUUGUGUUUUUUAUUAGUAUUAUGGGAUGGGAACAUUUUAUUGGAUAUAGAGAUCUCGCACCUGGUGAGUGCGCUGUACAAUUUUUAAAAGAUCCUGUUUUCAAUACUUCCUUGAUAAUAGGAUACUUCUACGUAACUAUGGUAAUCCUCUUCGUACUCUAUACAGGAAUAUAUAAGACAGCUAGUGACAUGCAGAAGAAGUCUGCAGCUAAGCAGAAAAAAUUACAGUCACUAGUUGCAUUGAGUAGUCUUUCAAAAGGAAAUUCAAGCACCGUAAGUACGUCUAAAGAACAAGCCACUCUCGCAAAUCAACAGAAAGAGAUUUCUAAAGUGAACAACAACCAUGACGAAGCGAAUCAAGUGGCGUUAGGUGGAGGAGAUGGAGAGGAAGACUAUUGCAGUAGCCCAGCAUUUGACUCAGAUGACGACAGCUGUGAAAAAUCAGCCAAACGGUUCCGACACAAAAAACGUAAGGCAAAACAUCAUCCGAAAUCCGAGCGUAUGCCAAAGAAGGAUGUCGACAGUAAUGCCACUAUUAAACCACAAGUUAUAGACAAAACAGCCUUAACGCUUGACCUUUCAGUUAAGACUUCUAGGAAUAAAAUUGAUACAAGAGAUGAAAUAGACGAUAAUACAUCUGCUUCCAACACACCAAAUGAAGACUCGGUGAGAAAGAAAACUGCCAAACAUGCGUCGCUUAAUUCAAAUGAAACAAGAAGCCUAAAGCAUUCAAACGAAUCUCUAUCAACAGAAGUCUCGAGCAAAAAUUCGGACAAAGCGGUUAACACUGACCCCGUAGUGUUUUUAAAUGAAGCGUUGACCCUCCCUUUUCGGAAGAAAAAUAAUUUGAUUAGACUACAAGUAGAACGUAUUUCUGAAACGCAGACUAUAACACGUGUCGCCAAGAAAGAAGAACUUCAACCAAUCAUUGAUUACGAUCAGACGAACGCUACUUCCAAUUCUUCCUACAAAGAUUAUUCCACAAUGAACACAAGAAAAGCUUUCGUCAAGACUCUGGGACAAAAAAUGAAGAAGACAAGAAGAAAAUCAACCGAGAAAAGACAAAAAUCAAAAUCCGAAAACAGGGCGAGAAAAGCACUUCGAACCAUUUCUUUUAUUUUAGGAGCAUUUGUUCUUUGUUGGACUCCCUACCACAUUUGUGCUUUGGUUGAAGGAUUUUGUUCGAAUCCAAGUGGUUGUGUAAACUAUCAUUUGUUUUACUUGACAUACUUUCUAUGCUACGCAAACAGUCCCGUCAAUCCAUUCUGUUAUGCAAUGGCUAAUCAGCAGUUCAAAAAAGCAUUUUAUCGUAUCCUUAAGGGAGACUUUCACAGAACGUAA